AUGGAAUCACGAAAUGCACGGUCCAUAUUGGAUCUUAUCUUUAACAAAGCCAAAGUUUCCUCACGAGGCCACCGAUUAACAGGUGAAUUUCGGUCAAAAUCUUCACCACCGUCGCCACUGACACCCUCAUUUCUAUGUUCCACAGUCGCCCCAAGAGCGGAUGCUCCACCACUUAUACAACUUUCAUCAACACCGUCGACACCAAAAUUUCCUCAGAAAAUUGAACUAUCCGACAUGACUUCACUUCACUUGGUAAACCCGAGUCUUCAAAGGAAAAUAAGGGGCUGUGCACCAGAUCAUUGGCGUGCACUUAUGGAGGCAAUUGAGUUCGAGUGGAAAUCUAGUAUUGCUGCUAAGGAUUGGUCAAACGUCGCAAAGAAAGGACAGAUUGAAGUAAUAAAGCUCGAAUUGAAGAAAUUGUUCGAUACAAUAACAUCCUUUCACGAUGAAAUGUUCUAUCUUCAUGAAAGGGAGGUUGAAAAGCAAGCUCUCGACAACUUAUUCCAAGAUGGCCACCUUUACUUUUCCUAUCUACCUUGGUUUGCUUGUCUGUGGCUGCCCUCCAAUUAUGGCAUUUGA